AUGAAUUACGCUCUCUCAUGGAAUUGUAGAGGUUUGGGGAAUACCUCGGCGGUGAAUGCUCUUAAAAAUGUUGUUUUCCUAGAAAAACCCCAAUUGUUGUUUCUAUCUGAAACGAGGUUGAAGAGUAAUGAGAUGGAGAAAAUAAAAGUAAAGAUGAAGUUCAAUAAUAUGGUGCCAGUUUGCUGUGAUGGGGUGGGAAGGAAGCGUAGUGGAGGAGUUGCUUUGUUAUGGAAGGACACUCUAGAUGUGGAGAUCAAAUCCUUUUCCUUAAACCACAUUGAUGCUUGGGUGGAGUGGGGGAGCAAUAUAAGAUGGAGGUUCACAGGAAUUUAUGGACAUCACGAGGAAGAAAAUAAGCAUAAAACGGGCCUUCUUCUGGAAAACCUCCACAGUAAGCACAGUGGUCCGUGGAUUUGUGGGGGUGCUCUAAACCUUAUGCUCACAUCUGAUGAAAAAAAGGGAGGGAAGGAAUUCAAUCUCGUGGAGGCUGAAAUUAUGAGAAAUGUUGUUAAUGUGUGUGAGCUGGAAGACUUGGGAUAUUUGGGACAUCCCUUCACGUGGACUAAUAAUAGAGGUGGUGAGAAGAAUGUCCAAGAGAGGCUCGAUAGGUUCCUUGAAAACAAAGAAUGGAGGCAACUUUUCUCUGGUGCUUUUGUAACCCAUCUCUCAAAGCGUAAAUCUGAUCAUGUUCCUAUACUGUUAUGUAUCAGUGACGGUGUGGGAAAGGCUAAGAAGAAAAAAUUCAAAAAACGCUUCAAGUUCGAGGAGAUGUGGCUAAGAGAGGAAAUGUGUGCUGACAUUGUGGAAAAUGCGUUGAGUCGAGGUGGAGAUAUAUGCUCAAAAAUCGCCCAUACAUCCAUAAUUUGA